GGCAUACCGGUCACCGUCAUCGAGCCUGGAGUCUUCCGCACUGCCCUACUGAAGGAGGGAACCAACCUGGCCUCCGCCCAGCAACACAUCGCCGACUACGAUCAGACGCCUGCUGGUGGCGUCGCGGCCUGGCACGAACGCACCCAUGGCAAGCAGUCUGGUGACCCAGCCAAGGCCGCCCAGCGCAUCGUCGACGUGCUCACUCUGUCCGGUUUGGCAGCCGGACGCACCGAGAUACCUGCGCGCCUGGCCCUCGGCCGGGACUGUUACGACAUCAUCAAGGCCAAGUGCGAGUCGUCUCUUGCUCUGAUCGAGGAGUGGAAGAGCAUCUCGCUCGGCACCGACUAUGACGACGUCACUACUGCCCAGUGA